CUCUUACAUGCUCAUAGAGCCACCGAGGAAAGAUCGGACCGACUGAUGAGAGUUGUGCAUAUCUGACUUUCCAUUCUUAGCUGUCACAACGAAAGAAAAUAGCAAGAAAUGGCCAGUUUGCUCACUUGGUCGCGCCAAAAAUGGCAUCCGAGAUAGGAUAACCAUUCCGAUUUUACACUCACGGCCACACCCUCGCCGUCACGCAUGACGAAACGAGGUGCUAUAUCUGAGCAGGCAGACGAUUCGUGCCCUGCGCCACACCAGAUCCACCAACCACUCGACCGGCGGAGACAGCAGCAAUGGCGGCGGCGGCGGCUGAAGCGACCGGAGGCGGCGGCGGCGGCAGGGAGGAGGGGCUGACGCUGCUGGGGUUCUGGACGAGCCCGUUCGCGCUGCGGGCGCGGUUCGCGCUGAACCUCAAGGGCAUCCCCUACGAGUACGUGGAGGAGGACCUGUUCGGCGAGCGGGGCAAGAGCCAGCUCCUCCUCGCCUCCAACCCGGCCCACGGCGGGAAGGUGCCCGUGCUCAUCCACGGCGGCCGCGCCGUCGCCGAGUCUCUGGUCAUCGUGGAGUACGUCGACGAGGCGUUCCCGGAGAGCCUCCCGCGCCUCCUCCCCGACGACCCGCACGGCCGCGCCGCCGCCCGGUUCUGGGCCGCCUACGUCGACCAGAAGCUGCUCCCCACGUGGAUCCCGCUCUACGGCGGGAAGACGGCCGAGGAGAGGGCGCGGGCGGCGGGGGAGGUCGUCUCCGUGCUGGAGGCGUUCGAGGGGGAGCUCGGGGACAAGGACUUCUUCGGCGGGGACGGCGUGGGGCUGGUGGACGUGGUGCUCGGCGGGUUCGUCGGGUGGUUGCGCGCGUCCGAGGCCAUGUGCGGCGUGCGGACCCUCGACCCGGCCAGGACGCCGCGGCUGGCGGCGUGGGCGGGGCGGUUCGGCGCGCUGGACGGCGUGAGGGAGAUCGUGCCGGACGCGGCGCCGCUGGUGGAGUACAACCUCAUGAAGCGGGCUCGCCGCGGCCUGCCGUAUCUGCCGCCGCACCAGACGCAGUAAAUCGCUAGUUUUAAUUCCAAGGCGAGUGGCUGGAUCCAUCGCGCGCAGAGGAGGAAUUGAAUUGAUUUUGAAUCUGAUCCUUUAAUAAAGUCUGUGUUCUUGUUUGGAA